UCCGGAUGGGAUCCAAAUCCGCCAAGAAAACCUAAAAUCCUUUUUCCUCUCACUCUUCCCCCGUCUCGCCCCGGCGCUGUGUUUUCCUCCACCCCACCAUUUUCAGUCUCUUUACCCCGCCCUCCACCCCUCCCCUGGCGUUUAUAUCUACUCUUCCCACCCUUGUUUAUCUCCUCCUCCGUCCCCCAAAAACUUUCUCUCUCUAUCUGUAUACGUAUAUAUUUGUCUCCCUACCUUUUGAUUUCAGCAGGGAAGGAUGUGGUAAGAAGUUUUAAUUACUUGAAAGGAUCUCCAAAACAUUGAAGACUCUAAGCGGGGUCUGGAGUUGGUUGCUCGGCUGGGGUGGGUGGCGCAGGUUUGUCGACUGUCAACCCCUGCACGCCGGCAGCCGUCCAAGAUUCACCGGCCGACGGCAUCAAUAGCAACAUUGGCAACUGUCAGAACUGUUAUUUUCUCAGAAUUAUACUUCAAAAACAAACUUCUGGGUUGGAAUUUGGUAUAAUGGAGGUCACGGACCGAGAGAAUUAUUUAGGAGAGGGUGUUAUUGAGGCCUAUUCACAAAAAUCCAAUGACAUUGAUGAACAAGAAGAUCACUAUGCUUCUGCGUCUUCUUCCAAGUCACAAUUCAGGAAAGCGACAUUGAAGGCUCGCUGGAGUGAUGAGACGGGCAUGGCUGAGGUUGUAGAUAAAAAGGGUACAAUUUGGAGGACCACGGGAAUUGUUCGUAGUAGCAAGCUCUAUUUCUCCAUUGAGGAAGUUUUGUUUUUGAUUGAAAUAGGGGCUUUGCUUCUCAUGGAUAAUGGUGAUAUUAGCCUUUCCUUGGAAGACAUGUAUGUGAAGAUUUCAAAUGGAAAGCACGGGUGCAGUUGGGAGGAAUUUCAAGCUUAUAAGCAACUCAAAUCUCUUGGUUACAUUGUUGGGCGGCAUGGUGUCCCCUGGUCUAUGAAGAUUGUGAAGAGUAAUCAUGAAUCUGUUUCUUCUUAUGGUUGCCGUGACCAUGAUGAGGCAGUGGACUUGGAUUCAGAAGAGUCUAGGUCUGUCAUUGGAUUGUUCAAUGAGAUGCAAAUUAAUGAAGUAAGGCUGGUUUUUGAUGUUUAUCUCCCAAACAGCAAGUUCAGGAAGUCUUCUCCUGGUGACCCAAGUUUUGUGCUCUGCUUUACCAGGGGUCAUCCACCAUCCAAAGCAGACCUAGAAGCCCUCGAGAGACGAUGCGGGAACAUUCCCGUGAAGGUUUGUCAUGUGGAGCAGGGGAUUGUGAGUUUAUUUUCCUUUGACAAGGGUUGCAACUGUUUAUGUCCGUUCGCUGUAGUUGAGAUCAUCAACAUCAGAAUCCAAACAGAUUAUCAAUUCUUCUUCUUCCCGCUCGAUGCAAAAGCAGGAAUAUCAAGAAUAGGUGAGGUUGAGGUCGAAUUUGAAGUCAUGUCAGAACAAGAGAAACACGAGCGGGAAUUCGGACUCGUUGAAUCUUGACAUAGCGAUUGAAGGCAAAUGCAUGAACAGCUGGAUUGUGUCUGGUUGAUGGAUUAUGCGUUUGUCAUGAGCGUUGGUAGUGCAAUGCAGAUGCAGGAGCUUAUUAACAUCAUGGCUCCAGGUAACUACAGCGCUCAUGCACAUGAGCUCAUGUUGAAUGCCACUGUCAUGCUUAAGGUAAUCAAUGGCGUGUCGCAUUUGUUGGUGACUCUUAGCACAAACGUUUGAUAGAUGGCCUGAAUAACGGUAAAUGUUUUUCCGUCAGCAUUAUUCAGUUAAACCGUGUAACGGUUAAUGUUUCAAAAUAUCAUGGUAGAGGUUCCCUUCAAAAAAAAAAAAAAAAAAUAUCAUGGUAGAGGCCACAUUUCCCAUUA